GAGUGAGGUUUGGCUGCCACCAAAGUUACUUCUAGUCCCUGCUGUCCCUCCUGCCCUCAGUCUGGACCUGCCCAGGGAUCCCUGCAAUUUGGCCUCCCCACGUGGAGGUGAGUGAGCUAAACCAAUUGCUCUUGCCUCACCGGCUAGCUACAUACCUCCAGCGGCUUAUGGGGCACUGUCCUGCCCAGCUCUGCUAAGAUGCUCUUGUCCUCUCCCUCCACGCCGGCCAGGGGACGGACCCCCAGCGCUGUGGAGAGGCUGGAGGCUGACAAAGCCAAAUAUGUCAAGACGCACCAGGUGAUAGCUCGGCGACAGGAGCCAGCCCUGCGUGGGGGUCCCGGGCCGCUCACCCCGCACCCCUGCAAUGAGCUGGGCGCCCCUGCAUCGCCCAGGACGCCCAGACAGGCCCGCCGGGGCAGCGGCAGGCGGCAGCCAAGGCCGGACUCUCUCAUCUUCUACCGCCAGAAGCGGGACUGCAAGGCUUCGGUGAACAAAGAGAACGCCAAGGGCCAGGGGUUGGUGCGGCGACUCUUUCUGGGCUCCCCCCGGGACGCUGCCCCGGGCAGCCCGGGCCCAGCCGAGCGACCUGCGGCUCCGGGGGGCUGGGCCGCGCCCCAGGCUGCCCCG